UUAUAAUUAAACAUUAUCAGUUUUGCUUAAAUCAAAGUAAGUAUGUUUCUAUCUGGCAGCACUGCAUUUAUAAUGUCAUCAAGUGCUGUGGAGUGAUUGUGUUAAAUACACAAUGGCUGUGUGCAUUUCAAUAAUUGGGAAAGAUAACGCCCCUUUAUACCUAACUACAGCGGACUUGGAUAAGGAACUGGAGCUUCAGUAUCGCGUCCAUGCUGCACUCGACGUCGUUGAAGAAAAAUGUCAGCCUAUUAGCAAAGCUACACCAGAAUCCAAAGAGCUUUAUUUGGGUAUGCUCUACUCAACUGAGACACAUAAAAUUUAUGGCUUUGUGACUAACACAAAAAUUAAGUUUGUCAUAGUUGUGGACUCAGGAAAUAUAGCGCUGCGUGAGAAUGAAGUGAGAGCUAUGUUUCGAAAUUUGCAUAUGCUUUACACGGAUGCUGUUUGCAAUCCAUUUUAUGCGCCGGGCGAACCACUAGCUUCUAAAAAAUUCGAUCGUGCUGUGCAAAAAAUUAUGGGUGGCAAUGCUUAAGUACGAUUUAAACUACAUGCAUGUAUGUAUUUUCUUCAUUAAAUCGUUAUUUAUUAAAUAUCGUCAUUGUGUAAAGUAAAACAAUCAACAAAAAUAAUGCAACACUUUACUUAAAAUAUAUAACGUUCAUAAGAACUAGGCCAUUCCAUAACAUAGGAGUACGGUGGGAAUGUGGCAAGGAACUUUUUGGUUUCUUCAUCGCGUUCGUGCUCAAAACUAACAUAAUGUGCGGAAAUGCCCAACUGCAUUACUGAUUCGUCAAACUCGCUAUUCUCCUUCUGCAAUAAUAAAGAAAACAAUGUUUGUAAUAUUUAUACAUAUAAUAUAUGUAAAUUUAAUAAAAUGUUCACUUACUUUCAAGUCAA